CUCAGCAGCUGUCCAUCCUUUGCCUUCGCCGCCCCGAAUGACCCCGGAACUCCUCAGGUAGGCUGCGCUCUCGCACUGUGGCCGUUGGGGUGUGUGCUCACAUCAUGUCCCCUACACGCAGUCUCUACAGCGCCCACGAUCGAACCCAUGGGCUGCCGCGCCCGGCGUUUCCGUCUACUGCCAAUGGGCGGGAUAACUCCCUGAUGACGUCCCCGGCGUCAGACCCUACCCUGACGGCGCUGGCGCAACUGGGCACCUAUCGCUUGAACUGCAGAUAUGCUUUUGUUUCACUCCUUGAUGGCUCGGGGCCACAGGUCAUCGUGGGAGCCACACCGUCCGAUCCUGGUUGCGACGGAGACGCUCGUGUUGGCAGUCUUUCAGUGGGCAUGAAAACGUUGGGUCUGGGACGGGAUGGAGGCGACGCGAUCGAGUCUUCCAAUGUCACAUCAGACAGCACCCGUACCGUAGUCCGCGAUCUUGCCAUGCAACCGGAUCUGACCGACCACCCUCUUGUGAAACAAUUCCGGUCCAGGUUUUACGCGGAGGUUCCCUUGCGCAACUCUUCCGGGGAGACCUUUGGCACGUAUUGCGUUGUGGAUGAGACACCUCGCGAUUCCUUCGCGGACAGCGAUCUGGUAGGAUUGCAGGAUGUUGCGAACUCGGUCGCGCACCACCUCGAGAAUGUCUGGGCGGUCCGGCAUCACCGCCAGGCGGACCGUUUGCUAGGUAGCCUCAUGAAGUUCAUCAAAGGGCAGUCGGGCCAUGAGAACGACGGUUGGAGGGCCCGCAGACGCAGCAACGCGACCGGUAUUGUUUCACCUCGGUCAUCCGAGGUACCCGGUCUUGACCGUCUCUCCAUCACAACGACUAAUAAUCGGGGGGUUUCACCAGCCUCAGCGAAACACCCCCGGCUGACCCCGGCGAGCGAGUCGCCCUUCUUCCAAAACCAACCCUUUGGAGCCGUUCAUUCGGCGCCCAAUGACAGCCAUCAACGGCAUGUGAGGAAACGUUCCGAUGAAACGAACAAGCUUAUCAUAGUGCCCGAGGGCAAUGCCAUCUCCGAGAAGACGUCGUUGCUGUUUUCCCGUGCAAGCGCUCUUUUGCAGGAAUCCAUGGACUUGGACGGCGUUCUCUUUGUGGAUGCCUCGCGCAGUAACUCUCGCAGUGGCUCCACCGCCAGUGUUCGUGACUGGGAUGUCCUAUCUAAAGACAGCGACUCCGGGAUCUCCCAUCGCUCUCCGAGCAUCUCCUCUCAUGGUGGUUGGUCCGAGAAGCUGUGCGAACCAAUCGGGUUCGCCUCGUCGGAGCACGCCGUGGAGUGCAAUACCAAUAUGUUCAGGCUUGGCUUGACGGAAGGGCUGCUGCAUGACAUGUUCACUGCCUUCCCGCACGGCGAGGUCCUCCACCCUCAUCAGACCUCUGGAUCAUCGGUCUCGAGCUUGCUGCAUCAGCGGAGACAGAGCUUGCAGAGCGAGUAUAGUCUACACCAUUCGAUCAAUGCCCGGCUGGCGCACAAUUGCCCAGAGGCCAGGUCUCUGGUGUUUCUUCCGCUGUGGAACUGGAACCGAUCUCGCUGGCUGGCUGGGACACUUGUCUGGACGUGCGAUGAUAAGCGUCGACUAGGGCAAGAUGAUCUUGCCUUUCUGAAGACAUUUGGUGACUCCAUUGUCUCCGGGUUCUGCCAAAUAGACUGGACCGCCACCGAAAAGUCGAAAUCCGAUCUACUGUCCUCGGUCAGCCACGAACUCCGAUCCCCUCUACAUGGCAUGCUUGCCAGUACCGAGCUCUUGCAGACGACUCCUUUGGAACCUGCGCAGCAAGAUAUGGUCACCAUGGUAGAAACGUGCGGGCUGACACUACUGGACACGAUGAACCACCUACUUGAAUUCACCAAAAUCAACAACCUGACUCAACUCCACAAGAAGGGCGGCACCAGCAGCGAUGGCCUGGAUAAUCUCAUGACAGACUUUGACUUGGACGAGCUGGUGGAAGAGGUAACCGAAGCGCUGUACUCGGGCCAUCGCUCCCUCAUCAACGCCGCCAAGAUUGCAGGUCGAUAUCUUCCGAGCGGUCCCGGAGUUGGGAGUCGGCCUAACGGCACGCCUCCCCAGUUCAACCCAGAUGACCUCUCUGUCAUCAGCCGCAUCGAAGAUCUAGGCGCGUGGCAUCUGCAAUCACUGUCGGGUGCAUGGCGACGAAUCGUGAUGAACAUCCUGGGUAACGCAUUCAAGUUCACCCGAUGCGGCUUCAUCGAGAUCUCUCUAGCCAAGAAGGUCGAACGAAACGGCGAGACGAAGAAGACUCUAGCUCACCUGUCCAUCACGGACACCGGCUGUGGAAUAUCGCCCGACUUUCUCCAGCACCAACUCUUCCAACCAUUCGCGCAGGAAAGCAUCUUGACGGAAGGUGUUGGGCUGGGUCUCAGUGUGGUGAAGCAACUCGUGAACUACCUCGGCGGGGACGUCGAGAUCAAAAGUGACGUCGGAGUCGGGACCCAUGUGGACGUGUACAUCCCCGUGGAGUUCGUGGAAGGAGACUCCUUGUGGGCUGAUGGGGUCCCGGGCGCCCGUAUCAUGACCCGAGUCUCUCUCAUCGGCCUGAAUGCCUACGCGGACUUCAAAGAAGCGCCCAGCGGACUGCUGAGCACGGAAGCCAAGCGCAAACUCUCGCUACGGAGUGCUCUCAGCAACGUCCUCUUAAGCCAGCCCGGCUGGAUGGUCUCAUUUGCUGAUGACCUCGAGAAAGCCUCCGGAGACAUCGGAGUCAUCGAAGAAUCCACCUUGAAAAAGCUCUCGAAAACGGGCCCCAUCGACGUCAAAUACAAGUCGAUCCUCGUGAUAGGCGAACAGGGCGUUUCGCUUCCCGGGGACUUUGCCAUCAAAGGCGCCGACGUGUUCUACGUUUCGCAGCCAAUCGGACCCCGAAAAGUCAUGCAAGCGUUACAACGGAUCACCGAGUCGCAACAGGCCCCUGGCGCAUGCGAGGACGAUCCCGUCCUCGGCCCGCUCCCUGGUCUCCCUCUCCGCGGACGCAGCUUAUCCGAUGCAUUUGCCCUGGCCAAGGGCACGGAGUCUCCGCCCGUCGUCCGGGAGAACGUUUCGGAAUUCGCCUCCAUGCCGCCCGAGCCGACGGGGAAGAAUAACCUCCAUGUGCUGAUUGUAGACGACAAUGACAUUAACAUCAAGGUACGUAUGACACACCCGUCACCAUGAUGGGCAUUAGGUGACAGAGCACAGAUACUGGCAACCUUCAUGCGCAAAAUCGGCUGCAGCUAUGAAACUGCAAGCAAUGGUC